GGUGAGGAUGGCCCCCUCUUCCCUGUCGACAUCUUCCCCAUCAUCAGCUCGGUGUUGGUGGAAGGAACAGAGGGAGAAGUAAGUAUAACUAAGCUUGUGCUUCCCAUCCUUCUGCAGCCAUUUGUUCCAUCCCACCCAUCAGUUGUUGUAUUCACUUCCAGAAAAAAAAAUCGUCCCGAAACUCCCAAAUAUAUAACCCCAUCCGUGGCAUACGAAUUUGCCCAUUGUGAUCUCUCCAGGAGCAUCAUCAUAUCCUCAUCCUUCAUCAGUCAAAUACUCCACUCCCUCGAAUAUUCCAAUCAUAUAUCCUCCCUCCAUCACUUGAAACCGUCCAUCAAUAUUUGUAUCCCUCCCAGAAAAAGAAUGGCCCUCACCACCGCUCUCGCCUUGUUGGCAUCCGCUCAGGUCGCCACCGCCCACUUCGGCAUCGAGUACCCUACUUGGAGAGACAACACCCUAGGCAGCGCCUCCACAAGCAACUACUCCCAGUGGGAAUAUCCAUGCGCCGGUGUCCCUGGUGACCUCGGCAACGUGACCGACUGGCCCCUUGACGGCGGCUCCCUAGUUCUCGAUCUGCACCACGAGUGGACAUACAUCUUUGUCAAUCUCGGCCUCGGUGAGAACGUGGCCAACUUCAACUACAGUCUGACCGACCCGUUCCUCAACUCGACAGGCAAUGGCACUUUGUGCAUCCCCAAGGUGACUCUCCCGGCCAACUUGCCAAUUCAGGAUGGGUCGCUCGCAAGCAUUCAGGUUGUGACGCUGGGCGAAAAGGGCCAGUCAUUGUACAACUGUGCCGAUAUCCGGUUCAGGCAAAACGCGACAGUGUUGAGUGGUGAUGCUUGCAAGACUUCAGAAGGAGUGUCGGCGGCAGCUAUUGAAAUAGGGGGCACAAAGACUGCUGGGUCGACCGUUGUUGGUGUCAAUGUUGGCGUAUUGGCCUCUGUGGCCGCGCUGACUGGUCUAUUUGUAUUCGGUUUGAGCGUAUAAUAGUGGACGCAGUGAGCGUGGCGUGAUAGAUAUCGCUAUGGGUAGUGUGGAUGGUAACCUAGAUUGCUGCGUCAUGCGUUAGUAAAACAUGUCAUAAUUGAAGAAAGCAGGAGUCAAAAGAUAGUUAAUGGUCCUUAAAAAAUGGUCAAUAUGCCUCAAAAGAUGACUAUCUUUCGACGCCCACUGACCAUGUUUCGAGGCACACUGGCUAUCCGCUGAGGUAUGCUUCAUGAUUUUUACUUACUUCGCAGUGCUUGUCUGCUUCACGUGGACGCCCAAACUGCGUGUAACAGCGAAACAUGAAAUUGGUGCUGUGGCAUGGUUGUAAACAGGAC